ACCUGUAUAAAAGUUGCUUGCGAUCUCUUGUGCAAGGGAAAAAAUUGUCUGGUUGGUCUUUCAAAGUGCAAAUUAUUGCUAAUUGCGCGUAGCGGAUAAAGCAAGAAUUUUCCGGAAUGAGUGAAAUCGAGGACGCAAUUAUUGUGGACAAAAUGGACGAGAUGGAAGCUGAACACUUCGAAAAGGGAUCAACAGAUUUGCUUGAUUUUGGAGACACACCUGUUCACGAGCAAGAAGAAACUCCAGUCUCUUCGACCACAGAUCAAUUAAUGGAUUUGAUGAAACCAGACACAACAUACGCAGAAGUUGCCGAAAAUAAGGAAGAUUUACCUGCCACUAUUGGCCAGGAAAACGUGCAAGAAAUCUUUGAGCCCGAAACUGUGACCUCGACCGCCGCUGAUGUUGACCAUGAGAAUCAAGAAGAACAGAAACCUAAAUCAAAUGAAGUAACCCAGAAAAGUGAGCUGACAAGUUGUAUGGCAAAAUGCCUCAUCAGCAAUAAUGUUGACAGAAGAGUGAUAGAUUUAAUCUAUUGGAAAUGCUGGAAGAAGACUGCUGCUGUCUUUGGGGGCAUUCUCUUCAUACUCAUGUCAUUGAUGUGUUGUACUCUACUCAGUGUAGCUUCUCUCUUCUCGAUGGCAAUUUUGGCAGCUGCAUUCUUAUACAGAAUUGGGAUGACUGUCUUCAAUGCUGUGCAAAAGACAAAUGCAGAACACCCAUUUAAACAUAUGCUAGAAGAAGACCUUGAGCUAUCUGAAGAAUCUGUGCAAAAAUGGGCCAGUGAGUUAAGGCAGUGUGUCAACACAAAAGUUAAAAAGUUGCAGAAGCUCUUCUUGAUUGAAGAUGUGGUGGAAUCUGUCAAGUUUGGUGUAAUCCUUUGGAUACUAUCCUAUAUUGGAUCAUGGUUCUCAAUGUUAACUAUCUCCAUCAUUGCUUGUGUCAAAAUCUUCACUCUACCAGUCCUGUACGAGCGACACCAAGAGCAAGUAGAUAGUGUAUUGUCAACAGUUAAAGGCAAGGCUAAGGAAGUCAUGUCAAUAAUCCAAUCAAAAUUGCCUGAAAAACUUAAGUUUGGAAAGGCUAAGGAAGAAUAAAUUUACAAGCAUUAGAUUGAGAGAGAAAGAUGACGAAAGCUGAUUGUUGACAAAUGAUAACGUUAUUGGUUGACAAAGAAUGGCUUGUCUGAUAACAAUGUGCUGAUUUGGUAGAACUGAAAGUUAUGAACAUUGCUGAGAUAUGAAAAUAUAUGAUAGUUGUUAAAAUUGCACUUUAUCUAAUAAAAUUAUUCAAACAAAUGCUCCGUGCCACCAUUAAUGCAUUUUGCUGAUAAUGGGCUCUGGUUAGAGGUUUGUGUCUUGCCUUAUAACCCAAUUAUAUUUCCCUAUUCCAUCCCAUCCCACGCCCCUGUGUGAAAGCUUCUUCGAUCACCAACUCUGCCUUUUCGCCCACAAAUCAAAUCAUUUCCCUCUGUAAGUGUGAUAUGAUGCCAGUUAAGGACUCGAGUAUAAUGCUUAAUGAUGACAUAAAAAUGCUGUCAUCGUACGUUUCGUUUAAUAUAUUGUGCUGAUAUAUAAAUAAGUAUAUUAACAUACAUUUAGAUGUCAUUCAUGGAAGGUAAGGAUCAACACAUGCAUUAAAACACGACAUUAUUUUGCAUUCAUUUGCUGUGUAAAGAUUUGUUUUCGAAGAAAAGAGUUAUUUGCUGUUUCUUAGCAACACGAGCUGCAGGAUGGUUGUGUUUUGUAAGAGUUGGGAUUUAGGUUGAAUCGAAGGUUUGUGUGCGUUUCAAGUUGAAAUGCAGAAUAUUUGGGGAUAUCCCUAUCACGGAGAUUGGAUUCACCUAUAAUUUGUCAAUCAUGUACAAAACUACAUUAAUUUUUUAUGCAGAGUACCGCCCCCCUUAUAUGCAGAGUAAGUUUCAUCUCACUGGGUUUUGUUAUAAUUCAAUGAUAGGGCGAUUCCAGAUCAGCCUCUUUUCACUGGUAACCCGACAGUCUUGAUUCGCGUUGAAUUUCAAUGAAAUUAUCAAAUUGACCUACCCCUCUACAUACUUUCUGCUAUAUUAUUGAGUUUCGAUAGUUUUCUGUGGGCUGAUUUUGUCAAAAUUUUAGUUUUUAUUGUCACCAGUCAAUGGUACGGUCUCACCGUUUUGCUUUUUGACCUAAAGUUUGUGGUUCUGCGUUGGUUCUGUGUUGGACAUAGCUAGUUUUGUGUGCGUUUCGCCGGCAACGUUUUCGUUCGUUUGCAAUUUGCUUGCCGUUAAUUUAAUUUAAUUCGUCUACGUGUAUAGCUGCUGUUCAUAAGCUAGCGAUAGAUUAAGGGAUAAUUUAUUUCAUGUGCUGAAAAAAGUUGUUAUUUUUGUUGUCUUCUUUUAUGGUACUUUCACCAUCGUUACAUCUUCCUAUAAGACGAUUUGUCUGGAAGCUUUCGCUAGGCUUUCUAAGUCAGUUAAGAGUCCCAGAAACCCUAAUUUGCUACCACAA